CUAACUCUGUUUCCUCUCUCUUCUCCUCUCUCUGUCUCUCUCUCUCUCUCUCUAAGAUCUCCGAAAAAUCUGAGUCAAUCGAUUGUUUGAAGAUUCUGUAUAUCGAAUCAGGUGGUUACAGUGAAAGUAUUAUUAGCUUAAACGAUGGAGAAGGUGUACGAAGAGCUAGAUGAAGUCAAAGCCGCGAAUGAGAAGCUCAGAGCCAAAACGGAGCUUCUUGAGAACCUGAAGAAGGCUCAGAACAAGCAGUUGAUAGAGAUUCAAGAGGCGAGAUCUGUGAUCGAGAAGCAAGGUUUUGAAUCAGAGGAGAAAGCCAGAGAAAUCUCUGAGCUGAAGCGAACGAACGAGGAUCUGCAACGUUGUUUGAGGGAAAAGGAUUCGGUUCUCAAGCGUUUGAAUGAAGCUAACGAUAAGCUUAGAGCUGAUGGGGAAGAGAAGCACCGCGGAUUUGAAGAUGAGAGGAGGAAGUUGGUGUUGGCGUUGGAUGAAGCAGGUGAGAAGAACAUUGACUUGGAGCAGAAGAGCAAUGUCUAUAGAGCUGAGAUUGAGGGACUCAAGGGGACUUUAGCGGUGGCGGAGAAGAAGAAGAUUGAAGCCGAGAAAACCGUCAGAGCUUUGAAAGAAGCGAGAGGGAGAGAUGACGUGGCGGUUAAAUUGGAGGAGGAGAAGACUCAGGUGGAAGAGAAGCUGAAAUGGAAGAAGGAGCAGUUCAAGCAUCUCGAGGAAGCUUACGAGAAGCUCAACAACACGUUCAAAUCUCGCAAGAAAGAGUGGGAGGAAGAAAGAUCGACGAUUCUAGACGAAAUCUACUCUCUUCAGACCAAGCUUGAUUCGCAAAUUAGAAUCUCGGAAGAUCUCGAGAAGAAGCUGCAGAUGUGCAACAGCGUGCUGACGCAAGAAGAGACGAGAAGAAAGCAUCUCGAGGUCCAGGUUUCCGAGUUAAAGGCCAAAUACGAAAACGCCUUUGCGGAGUGCCGAGAUGCGAGGACGCAGCUCGAUGAGUUGGUUGGUAAAAGAGAUGAGGAAGUCGCGGAGCUGAGGCACUCCUUGAGCACCAAAGAGGCGUAUUUCAAGGAGAUGAAGUACGAGAACGGGAAGCUUGAGCUGGAGAACCGCGAGCUGCUGGCUUCGUUGAGAGAGCUGCAAGAAGCUACGAUCCAGGGAUCGGGAAGCUCUGCGCUAUCAAAGCUGAAAAGCAAGUUUCGGAACUUGGAGAACACGCACAAGAACUGCUCAGCUAAUCUAAGGAGUAAAGAGUCUGAGUGGAGGUCUCAGCUGGAGAAGAUGGCUGAAGAGAUGAAUGAUUAUAAGUCCCAGCUGGGAAGUAAGGAAGCGGCAGUGAAUGAGCUUGAGUUGGAGCUUGAAAACUUUCAUUCCUCGGCAGAUAAAAUGAGGCUGCAGUAUGAAGAGAUCUCAGUUAUGUUCUUAGUGUUGAGUAGAACAGUGUCUGAGGCUCAGUCAAGGCUUGUGAAUGUCACAGAUGAACAAACCAAAGACGAGAGAAGUAAAGAAAAAAGGUGUUCUACACUGAUUGAGGAGCUAGAGCAAAAGAGUGUUGCGCUGGCCAGGGCGCACGAAGAGACUGAAGCAGAACGCGAAAGGGUGGCGUGCUUGCUGAAAAGAGUUGAAACGCUGGAUCAUUUUGAAGAAGAGAAUCUUCAUAUGCAGAAGGAGGUGGAGAGGUACAAACAAACAGUUGAGGAGUCAUCUAAAUUCCAGGCUCAGAUGAAAGAAAAACUGAAAGAGGCUGAGAUUGACUUCGAAGAGAAGCUUCUACAAGUCUGCGACGCACUUGACAACACAAACUCGGACCUCGUUGCAGAACGUGAGAAAGUGGUGGGUUUAACAAGGCAGAUUGAGUCCUUUGGUGUUAUCAAAGAGAAGAAUCUAGUGAUGGAAAAGGAACUUCAGAAGCAUAAGGAGAUGCUGGAGGAAUCAGAAAAGCGUCGAGUGGUUUUAGAGGAGCUUGAAAGGGAUUCCAAGGAGAAUAUUAGAGAGCUCUGCAGCAAGGUUGACACUGCAUAUGCGAAGUUGGCAGAAGAGGUUGAGAAGAAUGUCUCAUUGAUAAGAAAAAUUGAGUCCAUUGAUAUAAACCAAGAGCAGAGACAAAGGGAGCUUGAAAGUUACAAGGAGAGGCUUGAGAAGGCGACUAAAAGUCAAAUUCUGUUACAAGAGAAAGUUGUAGAGGUGGAAAGGCACUCGAAAAGGAAACUUGCUGAAGUUUCUGAGGCCUUAGAAGCAGCGAACUGUGAACUGUCUGAUAAAACCUCUGAAGCGUACCAGCUUGAGUUCCAGUUAUGGGUCUGGAAAUCCAUUGCUAAGAGGUUGAAAGUGGAGCUCGAGCAAGACCAGAACCUGCGCAAAAGAGUGGAAGCUUCUCUUCUUGAACAGGUUACACUUGGAGAUGCCAUGAUGCAAGAAAGAAAUGAGCUGGUGAAUAAACUAAAGGCAGCUGCUAUGUCUGAUUCAGAGAAAGAAAUCCUAAUAAAGAUUAUGAGGGAGAAGGACAAGAACUUGGAAGAAGUCCAGAGAGAGGUAGAGCUGUCCCAACAAGAAUCACUUACAAGGGAGCUUGAGGGUGCUGUUUUUGCGCAUAUAACUGUAGAGAGGGUGUUGCAGAACGAGAGAGAUGAAUUGGAAACUUCAUUAAAGUCUGUGUCUUUGCUUCUGGAACAGAAGCAAAACGAGGCUACUAUGGUUUACAAAGCAUGGGAGAAACUAGCUGCUGAUAAGAUUCUUACCGAGGUAGAAACCGAGGCGAAGAAGCUGAUGAUAAUAGAGCUAGAUGAGGACAUCUCUAGUAUUAGCCAGAAGCUAGAAAGAUCCGAUGAGUAUGUUUCUUGUUUCAGAGCAGAAGUGGAGUCUAAGCAGGGAGAAUUGAAAGAAGUAACCACACAGUUGCAGGAAAGGCUAAGAACUUUAGAAGCGGACAAGACAGAGUUAGAUAAACAAGUGGCAAGUUUGUCAUCAGAGAGACAAGAACUUCUCUGUUUUAUCAGCGAACUGGAGAAUGGAAUGUCGAAGCAGUGUGAUGAAGACACGAAGCUGAUGAAAGCUUUGGACAAAACAGCCCAACGUUGUGAUGGAUUUGGUAAAGAGAACAACAGUAUUGGUUCUCCAAGAUUGGUAAUGAAGCAUGAAGAUGUUGCGGUUGAAGAUAGGUCACCGGCUUCUCAUAUGUCUACUGUGGGAGAAGUUACCGUCGGUUCACAAUGCCACAAACUUCUAGGCAUGCGUGACUUUACUAGCGCUAGGCAUCUCGUUAAGAUGAAUAAACAGUUAGGCAAAGAUUGGCAAAAACUAGACCAAGUUGAAGCAAUCUGCGACGUGAUCAUCGCCGCAGAGAACCGGCUUCGCAACGGGUUUAUGGAUUACUAUGGAAUGCUUCGGGCGACCCGAUUCGGACCGGUGGUGUUGGAUGAUUUCAGGAGGUUGAUGAAGCUCCUAGAUUGGAGGUGUAAUGGUCUACCCUCUAGCCAGGAAGCUGCUCAAUAUGCCUACCAAGCCUGGUCGAUGCUUUCUAAGCCCGUCAUGAAGGCCAGAUACGAUCUCGACAUCUCCUCCCCGAUGGUCGGGAUGGUUCAACUAGGGUUUCCUGAAGGCAGUUCCUUUGUCCCCAAGGAACAGAACCCUAAUCAGGAUAUUGGUCGUGGAAAUGACAAUAAAGUGGUGGUUAUUUCUGAUGAUGACGAUGACGAAAAUAUUUCCGUGCUUGGUAUCCAUUAAUCACCUAUUUAUUACACUUUUGAAGAUCUUCUCAUUGAUAUCUUUGUUAUUAUUACAAGGCUUUUGGUCUUUAUAUUUAUACACAACAACAAAACAUUCCCCUCCAUUUGUUUUUUAUCGAUCUCUCCUUUCUCUUGGUGUCGCCAUGGUUUUACUUCAACAUGUAAGUCUCUCCCUUUUACUUUCUCUACAAGCAAUCAAAGUUCCUUCCUCUCUGAAUAACUUUUUUAAACGCAGUUAGAGCAAGGGAUGCGUCCACUUUCUCAGCGUUACAAUGCAACAACGUAUUCAACAACAAUGGGAAGAAACUUCUUCACAAGUGGAACCUCAAGCAGCAACCUAUUCUCCUCAAGAGGGUACUCAGCCAAUGCAAAGCCAAAAUCGAAAACCGAGUCCAAGGAGGUGGCUGCAAAGAAACAUAGCGACGCAGAGAGAAGAAGAAGGCUUCGGAUUAACUACCAAUUUGAAGCUCUUCGCACAAUUCUUCCAAACUUAAUCAAACAGGAUAAAGCAUCUGUGCUAGGAGAGACUGUCAGGUACUUCAAGGAACUAAAGAAGCUGGUUAAUGAGAUACCAACCACGCCAUCUUUAGAAGACAGCUUGAGAUUGGGUCAAUGUAAGAACAGAGACUUUGCGAGAGUCGUGUUCAGCUGUAGCGACAGAGAAGGGCUGAUGUCUGAGGUGGCAGAGUCGAUGAAAGCAGCGGAUGCAAAGGCGGUGAGAGCUGAGAUGAUGACAGUAGGCGGAAGAACCAAGUGUGUCUUGUUUGUUCAAGGUGUGAAUGGGAAUGAAGGUUUGGUUAAGCUCAAGAAGGCAUUGAAACCUGUGGUGAAUCGUAAACCAGAGGCGACAAACAACAACAAUGGAGUAUCUGUUUCUACUAGUGCCAUUAGAGAAGGUAGAUAA